AUGUUUCAGCCAUCCGGUCAAUCGUCGAAACAGAAGCACCCGAAAGUGAAGGUGCUAGAUCCGGACAUAGAUUAUUCGAAGGUGAAAAGCGUCCACAGCAUAUCGUCAUGGUGGGGAAUCGGUGGUAUAUUUAUUGUCCUGUUCAUUGGCAACAUCACUAACUACACCAACUCGCACCUCCCGGAUGGACUUCGGAAUGCGCACCUCACCCACUUCCCGAACGCCUUCAUAGCCGAACGCGCCUGGAAGGAUCUGAAGAUUUUGAACGAUUUCGGACCGAAACCUACCGGCACGUACACGAAUGAGGUGCUGGCGGUCGAUUUUCUCAAUCGCGAAAUAUCCUACAUCGAUCAGCUAAAAAACCGCAACCAGCAGCUUAUCGUGCAAAAUCAGAUCGUAUCGGGUGGGUACGUCGGUGUGUACAUGAACAAAUCGGCCGCCAACGUGUACCGUAACGUGCAGAACGUCGUUGUGAAGCUGGUGGGCCGGAGUGAAACCUCCAACCGGUAUGCGCUGCUGCUGAACUGUCACUUCGAUUCGGUGGCCGGUUCACCGGGUGCCAGCGAUGAUUCUGGCAGCUGUGCGGUAAUGUUGGAAAUUUUGCGCGUACUAUCCCGCCAAUCGGAGGUGAACCGGUAUUCGAUCAUCUUUCUGUUUAAUGGAGCCGAGGAAACACCGCUGCAAGCAUCGCACGGGUUCAUCACGAAGCAUCCGUGGGCAGGGGAUGUACGGGCAUUUAUCAAUCUGGAGUCGGCCGGUUCCGGUGGCAAAGAAAUGUUGUUUCAAAGCGGCCCCAAACAUCCGUGGUUGAUAGAAGCGUACGCGAAGGCCGUUCCUUACCCGUACGCGCAAGCGGCUGCGGAAGAAAUCUUUCAAUCCGGUGUCAUACCUUCGGAUACCGACUUUCGGGUGUUUCGUGAUGUUGGUCGCAUUCCGGGAAUGGAUUUUGCUCACACAGCUAACGGAUACCGGUACCAUACGCGGUACGAUUCGAUCGAUUAUAUUCCGCUGCCGGUGCUCCAGCGUACGGGUGACAAUAUUCUUGCGCUGACAAAGGAAAUAGCAAAUGGGGACGAGCUGGGUAGUACGGAACGGUACGCACAAGGCUAUAUGGUGUUUUACGAUUUUCUUGGCCUUUUCUUCGUAUCCUACUCGGCCGAUGUAGGGCUGAUGAUCAAUUUGUCCGUGGUGUUGCUGUCCAUCAUCAUCCCGUUCCUUUCGCUAGCUCGGUCCACUAGCGGUACGCAUGGGAAGCAGAUCCGUUCCGAGACGAUGACCGGGUUUCUGGCAACAUUUCUUGGCGCCGGAGCGAGCGGUGUGCUCUGCUUCUUCAUCGGUUUGCAACUCGAUGCGAUCGGCCGGUCCAUGUCGUGGUACUCGUCGACGAACCUUAUCCUUGGUGUUUACUGCUGUCCGGCGUUGCUGUGCCAGUGCAUAGUACAUUUGCUGUGCGAUCGUUUGUUCGGUAGCAAAACGACCCCGCUGAGUCUCGCACUCAAAGUACAAGCUCGGCUAAAUGGUGUGAACCUCUUCUGGGGCAUGAUAACGCUCGGCAUAACGUUCACCGGCUAUCGGCUAGCGUACAUCUUCAUGGUCCUAAUCCUGUGCUCGCUCUGCUCUAGCACACUGAUUUCGAUGCUUGGGCUGCAAAACACGGUCCACAAGUGGUUACUCAUGCAUAUGUUCUUCCAAAUUGUUGCCCUCGCCUGGAGCACACAAUUCUACCACAUCCUGAUGAAUAUGUUCGUCCCCAUUACUGGUCGUAUCGGUUCGUCCAUUAAUCCGGACGUCAUUAUCGGCACGCUGGCCACCUUUACUACGCUGUUUAGCUGCAGCUAUCUGACCCCGCUGCUAUUUUUGCUCAAAAAAACCGAUAAGCUUAUUGGGGAGCUGGUGGCCAUAACGCUGAUUGCGCUGGUGCUUGCAUCGUCCACACACGUUGGCUUCCCGUAUCGUGAUGAUGCCGUCAAGGUACCGGCCGUCCAGCGCCACUACAUCACACACACGGUGCGUAAGUUCCACGAUUAUAAUGGCGGCGAGCGGUACACGGAUGCGGGCUUUCUGCUGCAGGAACUCGAUCGCAAUGCGAAAAAAACGAUCGAGGGCAUUGCAAUGCCGGAUGUGGUGACGCCGAUGCGCGAGAUACCGGCCUGCGACAAGGAACUGUUCUGUGCCAUACCUUUCUAUUCGAUAUGGCAUCAAGUUUUAUUUGAGAACUAUUGGCUGCCAGGACCGGCACCGGUGGUGCGACAGUCAGUUACCGUUUCGCUCAGGGAAAAGGAACAGUUGAAUGAACACGAACAUCGGUUGCAUCUCGUGCUGAAGGGAAGCUUUCAAGCGUCACUUAUAAUUGGACCGAAAGCGGGCACAACCUUAAAGCGCUGGAGUUUACUGAGUGAAAUACCGGCUCCGAUCGAGUUUAACGGUCAACGGGGCCAUUUUGUGCUGCUAACGGCCGGUGUUGAGAGUGAACCGAUGAACAUCACGUUAGAUGUACGCCACGAGCUGAAGAAAUACGACGGUCCGCUGAUCGAUCUACUCGUUACAACGACACAUUGGGAGUACCAAAAGGAACACACGCCCGUGUUCAAUCGCCUUCUGGCGCGUGUACCAAGCUGGGCACACGUCGUUCCCUCCGUAGCUGCCGUCAAUAGUUAUACCUACUAG